AUUCCAAAAUAUAAUUUUAAAACGUAUGAAAUCUCUAGUUUUGUAAUAAAAUCUUUAGUUUGGACGAUUGGUCAUACAUUCCACUUGAAGUUGAUAACAUGGGUAAUUUAGAUUUUGUUUCUAAUUUUGUUUUCUGAUUGAGAUUUUGUUUCUAAUUUUCUUUCUUUAAAAGAAAGUCAUAGCCAAAGACAAAGCACACAAAGCUAAGAAGAUUGUAUCACAAAGAUGACUAACUAUAAUUUUAUCAUUGUCGUUAAGUUCUUGGUUACCUUCUUAAUCUUUGUGUCUCCAAACAAAAUAUUAGCUUUUUAUGAUAGAUUCUAUGGAUAUGCUGAAGAACCAAUGGGUCCAUCAUUCCCAUAUGAAGUUUUUGAUGUCUCCAAGUUCGGAGCCAGCCCUAACGCCGACUCAGACAACACUCUUGCAUUUGGGAAGACAUGGUGGGCAGCUUGCAACCACCAAGGAAGAUCAAAGUUUUACGUCCCGGAAGGUAGAUUCUUAGUGGGUGCGAUCCAGUUCAAGGGCCCUUGUCGCACUGAAUCAACCAUGGAAGUUGAGAUUACAGGAGAUCUAAUUGCUCCAACGGGCAUUAAGGAUUUUCCUUCGAAUCAAUGGAUUGGUUUUAGUCAACUAAACGAUAUCUUCUUGUACGGAAGUACUAACUUAGAUGGUAGAGGCGACGUCGAAGCCUGGAAACAAAAAAGUUGCGAAGAUUCCAAAUGUGACAAACUCAUAACGUCUCUGAGCUUGGACAACGUGUCAAAUUCGAUAAUCGAAAACAUUUCGUUAUCAAAUGCGAAAGGGUUUCAUUUGCGGUUACACUCUGCUAGCAACGUUACGGUCCACAACGUUAGUAUCAGCUCCCCAUGGGACAGUCCUAACACCGAUGGGAUCCACGUUCAUAGCUCCUCUUUCAUCAACAUCACCAACUCAACCAUUGGAGCCGGAGACGACUGCGUCUCCAUCUCAACUGGGAGUCUUGAUGUGCUCGUCUCCGGCACACAUUGUGGUCCAGGCCAUGGAUUCAGUAUUGGGAGCUUGGGGAAGGUUAAGAACGAGGAAGAAGUGAGAAGAAUUAAGUUUCAAAACUGCACCGUUAACGGAGCUGAUAACGGAGUUAGGAUUAAGACAUGGCCUACAUCACCGCCGAGCCAAGCUAGUGAUAUAACGUUCGAGGACAUUUUAAUGAUUAAUGUCUCUAAUCCCAUUUUCAUUGAUCAAGAGUAUUGCCCUUCUAAUAGCUGCAACACCACCUCUGCAUCGAUGGUGAAACUGAGCAACAUAGAGUUCAAGAACAUACGAGGAACGUACAGAAGUGAUUUCGGGGUGAAUCUGAAGUGCAGCUCUGUCGUGGCCUGUGAGAACAUAAUGCUUAUCGACGUCAAUCUCAAUGGUACUAACUCAACUUAUAAGACGCCGAAGGAGAAGUGGGAGCAAGAGAAAUUUAGUACGAAGGGUAGCCUUAAUGGCUUAGCGGUUUUUAACUCGACUUUUAACUAGUUAAAUAGGGCAUCCACAUCGCCUUGAAUCUCUUAUUUCUUAAGAAAUUGAUAAAAUAGUUAACUAGUUAGA